AUGAACAUGUUGCCUGAUUUUGAUGACAUGGACAUGGAAGAUGAAGAUGAAGAUGUCGUUGAGAUCAAUGUCAAUCAACACCGCAAUGGUGAAAAUCGAAAAGACCAAGCAAAAGGGAAGCAAAUCAAAAUUGAUGCAAAUGACCCUUACAAAAAAGAAAUGAGAGCUCGGGCACUGCAAAGAUUUGCAAGGUGGAUGUAUGAUGCUGGUAUCCCUUUUAAUGCAGUAAAUUAUGAGAGUUUUGGACCAAUGAUGGAAGCCAUUGGCCAAUAUGGUCUUGGUAUGAAGCCACCGACUUACCAUGAAGUGCAGGUUACCCAACUCAAAAAAGAAGUGAAACAUACUGAAGAUUUGAUGAAGUAUCAUAAAGAGGAUUGUGCAAAAUACGGGUGUUCCAUAAUGGCAGAUGGUUGGACUGAUAAGAGAGGAAGGACAUUGAUUAACUUUUUAGUUAAUUGUCCAAGAGGAACCAUGUUUGUUGAGUCGGUUGAUGCUUCUAGCUAUUCAAAGGAUGGGCAAAAGCUAUUUGAAUUACUAGACAAGUUUGUGGAGAAAGUUAGAAAAGAAAAUGUGGUGCAAGUUAUCACUGAUAGUGCUGCAGCUAAUGUAUUGGCGGGGAGGUUUUUGGAAGCUAAGUAUGAACACUUGUAUUGGACACCAUGUGCUGCUCAUUGUUUGGACUUGAUGUUAGAAGACAUUUUCAAGAUACCUAGACUGAAAAAGACAUUUGAAAGGGGUAUUGCAGUACAUGGCUACAUUUACAAUCGGCCUACGUUGCUAAACAUGAUGAGGCGCUAUACAAAUUUGAAGAAUUUGAUCAAGCCUGCAAAAACUAGAUUUGCAACUGCUUUUUUGACUUUGUUUAGGAUGCAUCAACAAAAAAAUAAUUUGAGAAAGAUGGUCACCUCCGAAGACUGGACCUCAAGCAAAUGGGCAAAGGAGCCACAAGGUAAAAAAAUGGCACAAACUUUGUUGAUGCCUUCAUUUUGGAAUACUGUUGUGUUUGCCCUUACGGUCUCGGGUCCUCUUGUCAAAGUGCUUAGAUUGGUUGAUACCGAGAAAAAACCUCCCAUGGAAUACAUUUAUGAGGCAAUGGAUAGGGCAAAAGAAUGCAUUGCAAGUUCAUUUGAUCAUAAAGAAGAGAAGUAUAAUGAAAUCUUCGAAAUCAUUGACAAAAGAUGGGAAGUCCAAUUGCAUCGACCUUUACAUGCAGCUGCGCAUUUCUUAACCCAGAAUUCUUUUACCCAAAAGCGUUAG